AUGAGUACAGAAGACCAAUUUCAAAAUGUACCACAAAGUGAACAGCACACGUCACAAGACUUAUCAACAGAGAUGUGCAUUUCAGUAUUACAAGAAAUGGUAGACCUACUAUUAAUUUUAAAAUCGAUAGGACACUGGCCAGAUAUUGACAGCGAUAUUCUCGAGUAUGAUACACUCGAACAAAGAUUUAAAAAAGAAAUUUAUCAACAUGGAAAUGCUUCAGGAAGUUUGUGUCCUCAAAAUUUUAGUUUCAUUACAUUAUUUUGUACUAAUCUAUUAGAAGAAUUAAAGUGUGAGCGGAUCUAUUUAAAAUUUUCAAAUUUAAUUACUACAAUACAAAAAAUGCAACUAGAUGAAGAAUUGUUAUUGAGUGAAACUUGUAAAAAAGAAGUUUAUGUGAAAAAGUUGCAAAAUUUUUAUAUACAAAGUGAAAUUAAAAUCAAUUAUUUAAAAUCUUGGGAAAAUUCUAAAUUAGAAAUGCAAGAUAUUAUAUUUUCCAAAUUAAUCGAAGAGAAAACUGAAGUAAUUAAAACAAUGGAGGCCAAGAUAAACCAAGACAUUAGAGUACAUAAAGAGAUUGAAAACGCCAUGAGUCAGAUUAUUCAGGGAUUUGAAGAGAGGGUUGAAGAAUGGAAAAACAAGUAUUAUGAAAAAUCAAAAGAAAUGAAUGAAAAAUUGGAUGUCCUGCAAACGAAACAAAAUAAGCAAUUAGAAAUUAUAGCGAACUACAAGGAAUUGUACGCAAAGAGACAACAGGAAAUAGACGAUUACAAAAAACACAAAAUUGAACAAGAGAGAUUAAGAUUGGAAAAAGAAGAGAAGAACAAGAAAGCUACAACAAUUCAAGCUUGGUGGAGAGGUGUUAUGGUUAGGAAAGGUUUUGGAAAGUUCAGAAAGAAGAAAGAGAAAAAAGGCAAAAAGAAGAGCACAGAUAAGAAAGAAAAGAAAUGA